AUGAACCCAGAAACAACUGGAACUACAUCCCAUGCAUCCAUUCCACCGAAACCACCGGAUUUACCUACUGAUCAUUCAACGUCAACUACUAAUUCCACCCCAAAUAUUUCAAAUACUGCCUCAUUUAAGGAGAAAUUACUCUCCCAGGAAAUUAUAACAGACACUCUAAUUAAUUCCAACAUCAACAUGAUUGAUUAUUCUGAGCCAAUGAGAGAUGAAUCCUCCGACGAAACUCUGUCCUCCCAAUUCAAACACAUCUCCCUAACAGACGAGAACAGAGAACGAAUGUACUCACCAUGGCAAUUCUCUCUCAUAAUCAAACUCCUAGUUAAAAGAGUGGUCCAUCAGUACCUAAAAAGGAAGAUCCAAGACCUUUGGAAACCAAACGAACCGUUCCCAUUAAUUGAUAUCGGAUCAGACUUUUACGUAGUUAAAUUUACCAAGGAAGAAAAUAUGGCAAAAACUUUACAACAAGCACCAUGGUUUAUUAAUGGCCACUACCUCUCUGUUAGAAGGUGGGAGCCUAAUUUUGUUGCUAGCAAAGCUAAAGAAGUAUACUUAGCUGUCUGGGUUCGUCUUCCUCAAUUACCCACAGAAUUCUACGAUGGGAUAGUGCUUGCAAGAAUUGGAAACUCAAUUGGGAAGCUAUUGCGUAUAGAUGCUUGUACAAGUUCAACAAUCAGAGGAAGGUAUGUGAGACUGUGUGUGCAAGUCCCACUAGACCAGCCGGUCCAAACUGCAGUUCAAAUUGGUUAUCAUCUACAACAAUUACUGUACGAAGGAGAAAACUUCUUGUGUAAAGCAUGUGGUCGAUUGGGUCACACAGCACCUUCAUGCAUCUAUCCUAAAACAGUUACAGUGAAACAAAUACAAACAGGACCCUGGGUCAUCUCCUCAAACUCCACAGGUAAGGGACAAACAAGUGAGGAUCUGUGGCAAACAGUGUCAUUUCCCAGAGGAAACAAGCACAAGCGAUACACUGCCGCUCCUUCACAGGUCAAAGAUUAA